AUUGCAGGAGGAUCCCAGUAGAUUCCAGUCGUUAACAGAGAACGGCACGAUACGGAAUUUCACUUGACAAGUAUUUUUUUAAUUAAAGAAAGUUACUUUCUUCUCUUUCUCUCUUUUUUUUUUUUAUUUUUUUGAUUAAUUUUCAAUUAAUUAUGAAAAUCGUAGAUAGAAAGUAUUACACUUUAAUCACAUUUACCACUAUUUUAAAUAUUGUAUCGACGCAACAAGGAAUCGAAUGCAGUGGAAGAAAGUUUCAAUGCAACAAUGGAGAAUGUAUAAAUGGCUCACUUUUAUGCGAUGGGAAAGCGGAUUGUAGAGAUCAAUCAGAUGAAACAUAUUUUCAAUGUUCUAAAGAAAAUAUAGUGUGUUCUGCAUAUGCAUUUAGAUGUAAUUAUGGUGCUUGCAUUGAUGGUGAUCUGACAUGUAAUGGAAACAAAGACUGUAUUGAUAAUAGCGACGAAACAUUACCUAGAUGCAAGAAUAAAGUAGAUAAUACUAAUUUUGGAAGAUGUUCUUUACAACAAUUCAGAUGCAAUAAUGGUCAAUGUAUCAAUGCUAUAGACCUUUGCGAUGGUAAAUUUGACUGUAUAGAUAAAUCUGAUGAAACAAAUGCUAAAUGUAACUCACUGAACUGUUUUCAAUUUUUAUUUCGUUGCAACUACGGGGCUUGUAUAGACGGUGAUUUCAAGUGUAAUGGUAUAAAAGAUUGUGUAGAUGGAUCAGACGAAGAUCCUAAAUUGUGCUCCGGAGUAACAACUACAACUACUACUACUACUACUUCACCAAUAGAACCACUAAAACCAAUAUCAAUUAAUUGUACAGUACCUCCCCAGCCAGCAAAUGGUUAUCGGCAAUUAUAUAAAACGCAUUGUCCGUGGCAACAAAGCAAUUGCGAUGUGCAGGAAGGUAAACAAUUAUCAAUAGGGGCUUAUUUAAUUUAUACCUGUAAUCCUGGAUACCAAAUAAGCAGUCCAGGUGAUGUAUUUUGUAGUCCAGAAGGAAAAUGGAAAAAUAUUCCAGUUUGUACUGAAAUACGUUGUAAAUCGUUGUCUUCAGAAUCAAGGUAUGCUGAGUGUACACUUAAUGAUAAAUAUGAACCUUGUGAAUCUCCUGUUAAGCCUGGAACAAUCGCAACAUUGAGUUGUCAUAACAGUUAUCAACCAGAAGGAAGUUAUCUAUCAAACCAACAGAAUCAAGUUAGAUGUAACAAUAUGGGUGAAUGGGAACCACCAAAUGUAUUACGAUGUGUUCCAGUAUGUGGAAUUACUCCCCAAACUUCUCAACAACCUCUGAUUGUAAAUGGCUCAAUACCUGACGUUGCUGAAUUUCCAUGGCACGCUACUUUAUAUAUUGAAAGAACUCCAGGUGCACCGAAGGAAUUUAUUUGUGGAGCAACAAUUAUAAAAGAGAAUUUCCUUCUUACUGCAGCGCACUGCGUUUACGAUCAAACGAAUCGAAGGGUAGACAACUCAAAUGUAUAUUAUGUAGCAACUGGAAAUAUUUAUCGUGACUAUGAUUCUCCUCUACACGACAACAAUUACGUUAAUAAAGCUAAAGUAACAAACAUUUAUAUUAAAUGCAAUUAUUUGGGUUUCGAAGGAAAUUAUGCUUCGGACAUAGCCAUUUUGAAAAUCGAAAAACCGUUUGAAUUCUCGGCUUUGUUAUUACCAGCGUGUUUGGAUGAAACUUUUAUUGAUUCUGGUUUAGGGAAAGUCGCAGGAUUUGGUAGAACCAAUACAGGAUUGAAUAAUAUUGAUUCAGGAUCAUCGAGUUUUAUUCUACAAUUCGUAGUAUUGCCCUAUGUUCCUCUUAAUCAAUGCAAAUCUUCCAUAAAUUCCGUUGAUUCUGAAAAAUUUAUAACUGACGAUAAAUUUUGUGCUGGCUAUACGAAUGGAACAUCGGUCUGUGAUGGUGAUAGCGGAGGAGGAUUGGUAUUUCAAACUAGAAAUUUAUGGUAUCUAAGAGGUAUUGUUAGUAGCGGUCUUGGUGAAACAUUAACUGGUGGUACAAGACAUUGUAAUAGUCAUUUGUAUUCUGUUUACACACGUAUAUCUAAUCAUAUAGGUUGGAUUCGAGAUACUAUCUCCAGAGUAGAAGCAUCUAAACCGCUUCCUCCGUGUCGUAAUUCAAUUUUUUAUGCAAUUGUGUAACUUGGUAAUAAAACAAAGAACUGAUUUUA